GGCAUGUCUUCCGCCCCAGGCAUGGCACCACCUCCGGGUGUUGCCCAACAGCAGGCUAAUAGGCCAAGCGUGCCGAUGGCAUUUCAACUCCCACCGAGCUUUCCCAACAUCAACGUGAACGCGCCGGUAAUUCGACUUGGUAACAUUGCCCCCCAAGCCAGACCUUCCCUGGGUGGAGAUCGUCGAGACGGACACACGUCAGCUGGCGGCAACCGGCACGGAAUGGGAGAGCGUGGAUUCGAACAGUCGCGUAACCAGAUGAGAGAGAGCAUGCAGUCUCUAAUCCCACCUACGUCUGAAGAGAGACUUCGGACCAUAUUCAUUCACAAAAUCCCGGCUGGUGUUGGUGGCGAGCAGGGCAUCCAACGAUUGCUAGGUACCGUGGGCAGAGUGCGGAAGUGGGAUUCGGCACUCUCUCAUUGUGAAGCCUCGAAGGGUGAGCUCUACGGAUUUGUGCAAUACGACGAUGCCGAAUCGCUCGCUUGUGCCUUGGAGGCGCUCAAAGAUAUCGAGGUACCCGUGGCGAAGCAAACCCCGGUCGAGAACCCGCCCCAGGAUGACGACGGCUCGUUUGCGGAUAUGGCCAAGGUUAAGCUUCAGGUUGUAGCCGACGAGAACACGGUCAUGUACCUUGACGACUGGAAACGCAACCAGGGUGACGAUAACAACCUGGAAGCCAAAGUGGCCGAGGCCAAGGCCGCCUUGAAGCAGCACGUUCGCACCCUCUUUUACCCUCCAACCCGCAAUGGACAGGAUGCAGAUGGAGACGCCGUUAUGAGCGACGGAGCGAAUGGACUUGGCGAAAACGUCGAGGUCAUUAAUAUUCCCCUAGCACAAGAGGAUGAGCUGGCCGACAUCCCAGCCGAGAUGCGAGAGACCGUUGCCUCAGAGAUUGCGGCUUUCCGUGAUAGAAGCAAUCGACGCGAUAUGGAGCGUCUCAGAAGAGAGGAGGAAUUUGAGGAGCAAGAACGCCAACGAAAUGGUGCCCCUCGUACCUCGGGUUACGACUUGCCAACAACGGCCUCGGCAAACUCUAACAUGGUCCCUCUCGGCCCACGCGGUGUGCACAAUGCGCCUUCUGGUCCCAGAGGACAGGUCAAGGGCAUAGAUUUUGUCAACGGUGGAACUACGAAUGGAUUCGGGACUACCAAAUGGGAAGACUCAGACGACACCGAUACAAGCGACGAAGAGCUGUAUCGCAGAGAGCUCGACAAGAAAAAGGCGGAGGAGGAGAAGCUUUACCUCGAGGCCGAACGAAAAUGGACAAAUCGUGAGCGUCAACGAACUGCGGCCCUCGAGCGGGAGACUGAGCGCGAGCGAGCCGAGAUUGAUGGGUUUGCCCGACGCCGAGACGAGCAGCUUGAGCGUGAGAAGAACUGGGACGAUGAGCGCGAGUCGGCGAGAAAGACCCAUCCCUACUACCGGGAUCGCGCUUAUUGGGCUCGGACAAGAGCUCAGUUUCGAGCGGACGAGGCUGCAGCAGACGAUAUGGAUCGCCGUGCUGGGGAAGACGAGCGCCGCAGGGCUGAGGCAGAAAUGGAGCAAGCUCGUGGUCUAGCAGAUUCAUUCCUUGAGCGUCAAGCAGAAGAAAUGGAGCGUCGACCCGAAGCUCCUGUCGCCGCACCCCAGCGGCUCACCAUCUCUUUUGGCGCAGCGGCCCAAAAGGCGCAGCAGCGCUCGGCACCCGUCCGACGAACCGUUGCUGAGGUUGAGGGACUUCUGGACGACGAGGAGCACGAACACACCACCAAGCGCCAGCUCGUGCCCAUCAAAUUCGAGCCUAUCACCAACACCAAAGCUAUGUCGGAGGAGGAUAUCCACAACGCCGUCAAGGCUCUGGCCCAGGAGGUGCCCGCAGACCGAGACGAACUCUGGCAGUGGGAUGUCAAAUGGGACUAUCUGGAAGACUCGAUUAUCCGCGAGAAACUACGACCCUUUAUUGAAAAGAAAGUCGUUGAGUAUCUUGGCAUCCAGGAGCAGUUCCUGGUUGAUGUCGUGGAGGAGCAUCUACGCAAGCACCUGAAGCCAUCCGAGCUUGUCCUAACGCUUGGAGAGGCCCUUGACGAGGAUGCCGAGGAUCUCGUGAAGAAGCUGUGGCGUAUGCUUAUUCUCUACACCGAGUGUGAGAAGCGCGGCCUGCCCGCCUAAGUGGUUGGCCUGGGUAUUUGAACCGAAUUCACAAAACCAGAGGAUAUGUUUGCAAAAAAAAUAUUUGCAACCUAUUCUCGUUGUAAGAUAUCCAUCCUGGGGCCGUCAUUUCGGUCGGAUCACGCACAGUUCCUCAUGGAGUAAUUAUCGGCGUCCGCUGAGCAAUGUCGAUUCCCAUCGUCCUGACCAGCUCCUUGUUUGUACGAAUACAUACCGUAGUAUCCCAGAACAUAGCCUGCCCUAGGCAGAGGAUGUACUAGUGUAGUGGAGACUAAGAGAAAUGAAUAAAUGCCAUUGUGACCUCCAUCGG